AUGAAUUUUUCCUUGUCAUUUCAGAUACAUGAACCAGGAACUCCUAUCAAUACAGAAACAAAUGAAAAAUCUUCAGACUAUCAACAGAAUGAUCACCAGGUGGCAGCACAAAAUCUCCAUCAGCCUGCUGUCAACACAGUCUCCAUAGAAACGACCAAGAUGUCUACUCGGGUAGUUUCGUCAUGGUUGUGUCACCAUGUUUGUUCCAGCCAGAAAGUGAUCUUCAACAAUCCAGGCAAACUGUCCAAACCUGCUCUGGUCUGUUUCUGUGUUAUGUUUUCUCUGGCUGUGGUUUAUGCCGUGCAACAAGGGACACCAUCAAAACACGUUCUGAAAGUUUUCGUCCCACAAACCUCAUUAAUUCGGAGAGUGCGGUCUUACAGCGAGAACCCCGACUUGUCCAGUCUAUCUAUCAACACGUCCAGUCUGUCCCUGGUCACUCACGUCCGACUCAUGGACUUGAGAGACCCUUGUAAGAGGAACCUCACUGCUUGUGAUACAUACGCCUUAUGUGAAGCUGGGUUUGGCUCCCUCAAAUGUAGGUGUCAGCGAGGGUUCUACAUACAGGGCAACACAUGUCAAGCCUGUUCUACCUCUGUGCCUGAAGGGUUCUACAUGAAGGACAGCUGUACCGCUGACAGAGAUGUGGUAUUUAGAGAAUGUUCCAAAUGUAAAGGUUCAGAGUACCAGGUGGCUGCAUGUACUACCACACAGAAUACUAUGUGUCUUGAUGUGGCCUUUCCUUUAGACCAUUUCAAGUGGAAUUCCACAUACCUUAAAGCAGGUAAUUUUACCCCGGAGGUCCAUGCAUCAAAGAAUGUAUUUGUGGAGAAGAUCAGCGGGAUGAAGGACGUCGACACGCCAGUGUAUAUUGCGAACAACCAGCAGUCAAUGCAGUUCACCUUUCCCCGCGAUUCUGGGCUACAUGUCAAGGUCAGGGUGUCCGACAUCUUCCUCGUCCCAGAGUAUAUAGACCUGGAUCACACGGACGAUAGUAACUUCUUCCUUACCGAUAUUUACCAAACUACCAAAUUAUCGGCCCAUUUUCUCAACAUCCAAAACAACUAUUGCAGACAUCCCAUGCCUGACCACUACAAGAUGAUGCUGGAGCUUUUUCGUGACUUCACAUCUGCAGCCCGAGUGGUCAGUUGUCCAUCCAAGGGCACCGAUCCUCCCCAGUGUCCACCUGACUACUACAAGGAUGACCAGUACUUGGAAAGAUCAUACACCACACCUUGUCCAGAGAUGCCUGGAAAUUUCUCUCAGCUUCGCCAGGCCCCGAACAUCAUCUACUGUUCUGAGGACACCGUCUUGUUAAGGGAGACAUUCCGCGUGAUGGCAGCAGAUGUGACGCCCUUGAGUUUUCCGUCCCCCGAGUGUAAAGGUUACCAGGAGGAGUGUCAGCGAUGUGUACAUAACAACUCCUGUAACCCCUCUUCAGGCCAAGGAGACGCUUGCUGCAGUGUGUCCUGCUUCAACAAGUAUGCAUGUCUUCAAGCCUUCAGUUCAUCUUGUCCACCUCAACCAGUCAAGUGUGCUGCAGGAGACCUGUACCUGUUUUCCCUGGAGCCCAAAUUUGACACAAUAGAACAGCGAUUUAUGUGUCAUCUCCAAUACAAAAAACCAAAGAAACUAUACAAAGUGGAGUACUUCGUUACGAUCCCGCACAUGAAUUUCUCCUCUGCUGUAAGGACAAAGGUCAUCAGGGCCGAGAACAAGACCUACCAUAAACUUGGACACAACACCGCUGAUUACUUGGCAUUUUUCCAUGAUGCUGUGUCCGACAUCAACGAUGAGGUCAUAGUAAUCGGUAAUAGGUUCCAGGAUGGCAAGGCCAAAAAAUUCAAAUUUCACAAAUUAAAGGAGCCCAGGGAUUUUAACAGGAAAAAGAGGAUUCAAGGUACGGAACAUCGCUCUGACUUGAUACCUAAUAACGUCUAUUCUACUCAAGUCCAGCUGGAACGGCCAUUUCUGUACAGUUCCUCUGGAUGGAGUCAAGGUGGAUGCCUGGCUAAAAACUUCUCCAAGAUCUAUGCACCUCAGCCUAUGUACAAGUUUGGGGGCAUUGACGUUGAGCCGACCAUCAUCAAGGUCAAGGAUAAGUUUGAAUACCAGGUGGCGCCAACUUCACGAGCACCUUAUAUACGAUUCUCACUGAGUGGAAAUGAAUCUGUCCUGAACUACUACGAUGACUUAAAAACCACGAUUAAAAAUGGCAGUCUGACUGGAUCUGUUAUAUGGGACCAGUGGACACAGAAAUGGAACAUCACGGUCAAAGGUUCCCUGAACAAGUGUCCUGCUCAUCUCACCAUGGAUGUAUUUGACAAAUUCAUGACAUCAUAUCUGGGACUAUAUGACGUGUUUGUCAUGCCCCCAGAAAACUUUGCCAUCACUAUUCAACUUCCGAGGACACCAAAUGUUAUACCAGAUAUAUUUUUAGUGAAUAUCAAUGAUUCUGUGACGUGCCACAGGCUAAGUAUUUCCGUCAUCGACAGCCCUAUUGUCAUUGCUUCAGAUCAGGAAACUUCGGAUUCAAAGUUUCAACAUGUCACCCAGUUUCCAUGGAUACCGAUUAUUGUAACACUUGCCAUGACUGUGAUGAUACUGUUGGGAUUUGUAGUGGUAGCAGUUGUUAUCAAUAAGCAGAGAGGCGAAAAUGAGAGCUUCAUGUCCAAAUACACAUUUUUGAUUGUGCCUCGUGAAGAAGACCGAAUGAAACCUGAUGGUAACCAGGGUUUUCAGGGUCGAACGAUUUCCAAGGUAGUGAUGAUUGCUUUGGUUGUCCUGUACGCGCUCUAUGCCAUUGUGUUUACAUUCUCCAUGUUACUCGGUGUAUUUUACAUGGUACAGAGCCCCCUGGUGAGCAACCUAACCAUCGUAUCCAACACUAGUGCAAAAAUUCAAGAGGCUGUCGACAAACAUUUUCGAGAAAUGGAAGAUUUUGAAACCCAGCAGGUCACUGGUAUGUUUAACCAAACUCGUGAUCGAUUCCAGGCAUGUUCCCAUCAUUUGAAGGAAAAUGCGGAAAAGAUAUUUCACGACGUUUAUAAAAGCAUUGAAAAAGACGUAACAACCCUAUACAGCCAGAAUGGAACUCUUCACAAUUUACUUGUCGGGAUAUUGGAAGAGCGAUCGAAAACCGUCCGUGUAAAAAUAGAUGUAUAUUUUGAAAACUGUAACACAGCCAUACAGACAUAUUUUGAAUCGUUUUUGGACAAGUAUGUGGACUUCUUACGAGAUGUCACGAACGUGGCCUGGCUUAAUAAUCCGAGAACUUUAUUUAUGGAUCAGGAAGGCAUAUUUGACAGCCGCCUUUCUCUGACCGAAGACGUGACAGAAUUCCUGGAGUGGCUGGAGGUUGAGAAGGUGACCAGUGUCCUGGAGGUCAAGGAGCGUCUUGUAGCAAGGCUGCAGCGAUCCCUUCCAAAUGUAGAAAUAGACAUUCCACUGGACAAAGAUGUCGGGGUGAUUGCAAAGUCCCCCUCUGAUUGGACGACUAUCAAAUCCCAAGUUUACCAAAAACACAUGGUUCUUCGCCAACAAACAUUCUACCGUGGAGGAAAAGGAACAGGUUCUGUCAACGGCAGCUUGAACACACAUAAAGCUGUCGACGAACAAGCAGCUUCUAAAGCGAAUCUUAUGUCCAGUAUGAAGGGUAUUCUACUUCCUGUUUUUAUCUGCGUCUUCAUCAUCAUGGAUAUUUUCCUGUUGUUAUACAGGUUUACGUGGCUGCGUCAGAUGUUUCAGAAGGCAAAGCUUGGAGCCGAAGAAAAAAUUCCUACUGAUUCUGUUGCGAAAAAAAUUCAUUUUAUGUUAACUGGUCAUGAGUCGAAUCAUCCGUACGAUCCACUUGACAAUCCGUACCAUUACUACAUAGAAAACAAAGAAGACAUCUGGAAUGGAAAAAAUGAUCUGUAUCUGAAAUUUUGUAGAGCAUCACCGAAAUCGAAAGAGGAUAUUUUACUCGAAAUUUGGAAUCACAAAAAGCGUCAAAAGCAGACAGGCACAGCAGCCAGUGAGGAGGAAUGUUUUUUUGUGUUUACUUUAAUAAGACUUUUAAAGCUUUUAUAUAAACACCUGAUAUCACCAAUUCUCUGGAGAUUUGUACUAGUGGGAUCUUUUGUGUUGAUAAUCUGCAUACUUAUAAAAGCCUCAAAUGACCUUGUGACCUUGGAGACUGCGACCUUUCUCAUGGAUACUAGGUCGACCUUGCCUCAGUUUCAUAGACAGAUUGAGGUCACUAAUAACUUAUUAUCAGACUUACAUCUGUACACAAAUGAUUUUAUUCAAGACUUUCAAUCCAUGGUGGACUUGGAGGUUAAAUUUGGAAAUCAACUACUGAAAGACAUAGCUAGUCAACAGAAAACCGCCCUCCAGUCAGUGUUGAGCCAGCUGUGUACAACUAAUUAUACACUAUGUGCCACGCCCUUUCCCGACGUCCACCUGGCCGACACCCUUCUGGGCUGCAAUUUCCUCCCUGUCGGUGUACAGUAUUUCAAAGACUUCAAUGAUGAGAAGUUUAUGGAGUACCUCCAUGCGGAGUUAUUCCCCUUGGUCAGCAUUCUUCGCCAGCUUCUAUUCAACACAUGUUACAUACUGUUUGCUUAUGCAUGUUUGAUGCUAAUCUGCCAUAUUUUUAUACGAGUGGUGUUGUUAUAUUUGAAAAAGACAAGCAGACUUCCAAGAGUGUUCAUGUUUCUUGUGUCAAAUGCAAAUGACUGUUGGAAGGAGCACAACGUGAACAACCCAAAUAAAGACAUUUAUCGAAGUAACUCCUGGAUCGAAAGCUGCGAGAGUGGAGUUGUGGGUGAUAUGGACGACCAUCUCCGAGAACCAAAUGCGUAGUUUCAUUAUAUAUGAACUGCUUUUAACCAAUACUGACUCGUAGCGAGGUUCAUACAGGGAUUGAUUCAAAUCAGCAAAUAAUAUUGACUUUAUUUUUGUGCUGAGUUCACACUUUGCUGGUUUUUGAGCUUGUGAUAUUUCCACUGGAAUAAUUUCCAUAUUUUUGUUUUUAUAUUUGUUUUAUUGAUUUGAUAUGAAGACGUAUGAAAUCACAGUAUUAAAUUCAUCACAAUUCCGUAAUACAUGUAUUUAAAUUGGUUCAUUUUGUGGUAUUAAUGAGAAAUAAGUAUAGUGAUAUGUUUCAAUACCACUUUUGAGAUUACAGGUCUGUCAAAGGCAGGUGAUUUAUUUUUUUUUUUUUCAAAAGAACAUUAAAAAGUUCCAGUCAAAUUCUAUUUCAAACAAAUGAAGAAAAUACAAUUUAAGUGGGAGAUUCUUCUGCCUUGAAAAAUGUUCUCAUAAAAAUGGUUCUGUUGGGACACAUAUUGGAGGUACUGUGCCCUUUAGAUUUGAUGGGUUUCCGAUUACAUAAGAACUCAUGUUGUAUAAGACGAGACAAUCUUUUAGACCAAUGACUAUAUACUUGCACUAAUGUAGAAUGGUAGAUUCAUAGUGUUAAGGUAAGAAAAUUAGAUAAGUAUAAAUUUGAUCAGCGAAUCAUAUUUGCUAAUUAGAUUUUUUUUUAAAUCAUUGCCAUUGAAAUGUAGUUGAAGAUGAAUAAAAAUGGAAUGACAUUACAUUAUUUGAUUCUAAAAAAAACUAUUUCAAUGCAGAUGUCAUGUUGAUUGGUCUGGUAUUUGACAGUCAACUGCAUAAGUUCUCCAGAGCCAACAUAUGAAUACAAUUUCUUAACCAAUAUGUACCAUAAAUUGUAAAAUGUGUCUUAACAUACAUUUCCAAAGAAAAUUCUCCUUAAUUAAAAUGCUAUAUAUAGAAACCACUUAGACUUUAUUGUUGAACCAUAAAGCAUUUCACAUGCAGCAUUUAUUUUUAUUUUGUGCAUUUAACAAGCAUUAAAAAAUUAAUCUUUGAAUGUGACAUAAAAGUUAGGCAGGUACCCAAGACAAAAUAAAGUAAAAUAUCAUAAUUUAAUAUGAAAAUCAUUUAAAAAUAAGGGGUAUUUUAUAUAGUUUUGUUUGCUUUUUGUGCUUAUUCUAAGGUUGAUGAAUCACUCAAUUUAUUGGAUUGAUGAAUCAUUUAAAUACACAAAAUGUGAUGUUUCAUAGAAUUUUAAAAUUCAAUCUCAACAAGUUUGAAAUCAUUGUCUGCCAGUUUUACUUGAAGAGUGGGAUUAUAAGUUUUAUUAGAUAAUUCUGAAAAAAAUGAUAUAUUAUCAUAUACUAUAUACAUGUACUCACACUGUGAGCUGUGAAGUUUUGAUUCUCUGGUUUCUUCACAUGUUUUGUAUGAGUUUUAAUGAAGUUUUUUACUCACAACUUAAAACAUUUUAUAUGUGAAGGUCAAGGUUAAGACCUGGCUCUAGCUUCAUCAAUAUUCCUUUGCCUAAGGAAAAUUAUCAAAAAUCCAAUAAUGCUGUCUUAUUGAAGAACUGAAGUUAAAAAAUGUUGAACUGCUUGGGGUCUAUACAUGUUUUUGAAAUGUUACAUUUAUCUCAUUUGUUGCUUUGUGGUGAUAUGAAUACUUGUUCACCAAAGGCAUGCUGUGUUCCCGGAGGAAUACGCUAAAAUGCUCGCAAUAAGAGUUUAUUAUUCCAAAAUGAUUUUUUUUAUCUUUAAUAUGACUUUCUAGAGGCAGAUAUAUAAUUCUAUUUAUGUUUUUAAAUGUAUAAAAACUUAAAUUGGGCAGCAUCUUGUAUUUACAAAGCUUAUUCGUUUACAAUAGAAGUAUGCUACCAGUAAAAAAUUCUUCAUUAUUUUUUAAAGUAAUAUUUUGACAUGGAACUAAAAAAUUGCAGAUGAUUCAGAUAAGGUCCAUAUUCUAAAUUCUGUAAUUAUUCCAGGGUCAGAUGCUCGAAUUUCUAAAUAAAAGUGAUUUGAUUACGAUAGCACCCUACAGUAAUAAAUGUAUAAACCGAUUCAAUGAUGAUAAAAUAUACUGUUUUUAUUCAUAUAUGUAAAAGCUGAGAAAUAUGUUUGAACUAAAGGUAUGUACCUCUGUUCUGUAAGCGUAUAUAUUUCAUAAGAUUUUUGCAUUGAAAGCAUUCCGCUACAUUUUGACUGCAUCAAUUGCAGUUUCAGCAUUCAUGUAUUGUUUUCACAGGCAAGUACUGUAGGUGCGCAAAUUCAUCGCCACACUUCUCUGUUUAAAAUCAGUUUUGUGCUAAAUUUUCAGUCUGACAAAAUGAAUGUACUAUGGUAUUCAUUGAUAAUCAAACUAUUGCUGUCUAAUUUGUAUGUUAUAGCAGAAAAACAAGUUUUAACAGUAGAUUCUGUCCCUGUGUCUAUACAAAGAGUCCAACGUUCAUCAUUGACCUAGUCAUUUGUAAUUGUGUGUCAUUUUAUUAAUAAUUAUCAUGUUAAAAACAAUCUGCUUCAUCUGUUUAUGUGUAAAUCAUUCAAACAAACCUAGCUUGUUGAAGAAGAGUCAAUAUGUGUUAUAACAAUAUAAACAAGGUAUUCAGUGAUAAAAGCUUGAAGAAAAGGCUGUAAAGAUAUUUAAUUAUAUAAUACAUUACUGCAUGUAUACAUAUACAAUGUGACCAAGGCAUCUCUUUAUACAUCCAAGGGUUACAUUAACUUUCUCUCAGCUACUCACCUGGUAUGUCAUGGCAAAAUUUAAAGCUUUCUUGUCUCCACCGCCUUGUGGUUAAAAAAGAUUAUUUUGGUCCCGUGUACGUUUUGCACAUCAAAUGAACCUCAAGGUUGCCAUACUGUGAAGUUGUCUGGCUUUGAACUUGGUUGUCACUUCUCUUUGAUCUUCAAAAGUAAUACAUCCGCUUAAUGAUUGGUCAGUUUUCUCUAGCUGACACCAAUCAAAUAGCUAGUUGUAUGCCUUUCGAUUUUCUGACAUGACAAUCAUGUUCUAGAGGUGUGAAAGUGAACUUGAUCCCUGGAGAUUGAAGGAUGCCCUUUUGGUGUUCGAAUAAUUUCUUUUUCUUGCUUUUUUAUCUGUGUCUCACCAAAAACAUACUGAUGUCACAUUGGAUAUUAAUUGUUACAAUUAACACAAACAAUUCAACUGACCUUGUAUUUGACGACAGAUUACAAGCAUUUUAAAUCCGGUACAAUUCAUCUUUAAACCAAUCUGUAAGAUUUGAAUAUAAGAAAUGGUAUAAAUAUAUUUUACUUUUGAGUCUUUUUUUUUUAUUUAAUCACUUUAUAUGACGUUCUUAUGAUCAUAUAUUCAACAUGGCUUUAAAUUCAUGUACCUUGGUGCAACUUACGUCUUGUCUUUUGAACCUCAUAUGUCUUAAAACUUAUAACCUGAUCAGCAAGACGUUUUAGCUGUAUCUGAUUCACCUGUUGGGCAUUUUAAAUGCAAAUGAUUUGAUUUGACUCUAUAUCAUAGAGAAUUUACAUCCGAUAAUUUUUAGUUGUGAUUUGUUGUUAUGUUGUUUUCUCAGGCUAUGCCAGAUGAUUAUCUACUGGUUAAUUACCAAACCCUAGCACAUCUAUAUCAGUUUCGAUGGAUAAAGCUUUAAAUUCUGAUAACAUAUGAUUAUUUUUUAAUCACCAAAUUUACUACGUUUUAUUUUAUGGCAUAAUAGUGAUUGUUUCUUGCAGUCAAUGAAUCGUGUGUUUAUUAAUUAAAAAUAAAAUAUAUAUUUAGGAAUUCAGAAGAAGUAAACAAAAUAUGUAUUUAGUGAUUAAGAAGAAAAGAAUUAUAUUAUUGAGAGCAGUAUAAAGCUGAAUUUUCUUUGUAAUACUCAUAGAAUAAUUUUAUGUAAAAGUGAAGAGUAUAGGUCACCUUAAUACUAGUAGCUGAGACUAGAGGGGAAUUCCCUACAAUAGUUGUUAAUAGAUGUCUGCUUACAGAGAGCAAGAACUUGCAAGUUCGAGCCCCAACACGGGCAGGGUAUUUUCAUUACUCCUUCCAAUUACUAACAUUACAGUAUAUACCGGUAAUGUUAUUAAGCAUAAAAUAUGUUCUUGUCUGUGGUUGGUCAAAGCUUACUGGUGAUAUACAGAGGAAUAGACACAUUGUUUUGACUUACCUGGCUAGACUCAGGCAGACAGGUGUAGAUAUGUUUGUUAAUUGUUUUCGGUUGACAAGUCAGAGGUCAUACAACCGUGACUUGUGUUUAUAUUGUGUCUUGUUUAAGAUGUAUUUGAUGUGUUCAUGAUUUGCUGAAUUACAUAUAUAUUAUAUACAUAUGAUAUAUAUUAUAUAUACAUUACAUGUGUGUUGUUUUCGACCCAGUAUCUAGAACUGCUUUCGAAAUAAACAAUUCAUCUCAAACCUGUAUCUACAACUGCUUUCUGCUUUUGAAAUAAACAUUAUGAAUUCAAACCUAUAACUAGAACCGCUUUCUGCUUUUGAAAUAAACGACAUCAUUUCAGUUCAAACCUGUAUCUAGAACUAAAAUGUUCGACAUAUAUUUCAAUUCAAACUGAAAGUAAUGCCUCAGUAUUAACUUCAACACAAAAAUAUAUAAAAUGUAUAUAAAUAUUUGAUAAAACAUGACUGCAUUUGUUUCGGAUAUCCAUAAUAAAUAUAUAUCUUUUGUCAAGCAUUUUAAUACUGUUCAAAAUCAGUCAAUUUAUAUGAAAUAUUAUAGACCAGAAACCAUAUUUUGAAAUAUAGUAAUACAAUUUUCAUCUUUGAAAAAAUCGCUGAAAAUAAAUGAGUAAAGUAUUUUCGUAUAGUUAAAAGGUAUGCCUACUUCAUCGUGUUAAACAUGUCCAUUUUAAACUGCUUUACAGAUAAAUGUAUUGCUGUAGUUGAGUAGCUACUUGGUCGAAUACAGUGUUCAUUCUACUAUUUUGAUGUAAGAAUAAAGUUAUUUCUUUUUUA